CAGAGGGCCUCUUUACUGUGCUGGGAGAUGUACAGGACAGAAGGCAAAGAGGAAUACCCCUCAUUCAGGACUGAGGCCUCUUAUCAGAGUAUUGGGGCCGGAGGAAGACAUGGUCUGGGUCUAGAGCUAGGAUGCUGCACCAUUAUUUAUCCUAUGCUUGAUAGCCAGGAUCAUCUGCAAGGGCCACUCCAGGGUGCUACCUGACACCUGAUCCCUAAUUGGCCAGGGUGUCACAUUACUACUGUACAGGCUGAAGGAAGACAGAGGAUGCAAAAAUCACUUUACUACGAUAACUCAGCUUCUUUCGCAGGCUGUGACUUCCAGGACACCAGUGACAUGAGCUUCCUUGGACAACAAACUUAUGUCAGUGAAAAUGAAUAUGAGCCGUCAUACUGCCUUCAGACAGAAAGCACCACUAGCUCCACUAGCAAUAAAGGGGAGCCCACUGUUAAGGGCAUUCACUUUCAUCUGUCUGAUGUCUCAGAACAAGCCCAGCAACCCAAGCCACCAAACUCGGCUUCCCCUAACCCAAAAUCAACGGCGACCCAGGGCUGCACCUCACAGGCAAAUGCUGGACCAGGGUCUGCUGAGGUCACUGGCACCAAGAAAGGCAGCAAAAGUAACAACUUACCCAAGCAGAUCUUCCCCUGGAUGAAAGAAACACGUCAGAACACCAAGCAGAAGAGGCCAGCCCCCCCUCCGGCAGAAGAUGACAACUCAUUGGACAAUAGUUUCAUAAGUUCUGCAUCCAAGAGGGCUCGAACAGCUUACACCAACUCCCAGCUGGUGGAAUUGGAGAAAGAAUUCCAUUUUAAUCGUUAUCUUUGUCGCCCAAGGAGACUGGAGAUGGCCAAGCUCCUUAAUUUAUCUGAGAGGCAAAUCAAGAUCUGGUUCCAGAAUAGGAGAAUGAAGUACAAGAAGGACCAUAAGGGGAAAGGUGGAGGUGUGUCUCCUGGGGGGCUGUCUCCUAGCAGAAGUCCUUCUCUGAUACCUUACUCCAACCCUCUAUCCUUAGAUGAUGAAGGUGGCUAUGAUGUGUCUAUAUCUAAUGAGUACAGCAAGAGCCAGGGGAACAUGUAUGGUUUAGCAGCUUACUCGGCACCCCUGUUUGACAACCCACCAGGUCAAAAACGAUAUGGGAAUCAGUCCAUGACCUCUGAGUACGAUCACCCUUCUAUGCAUGGAGAUGCAGGCUAUGACACCCCUGGUUUGCAAAGCAGCCAGAGCUAUAUUGGAGGAAAUUACCUAGAGAAUGGGUCUGGCAACUGCUCCAUUUUCAAUAUCCCCCAUCCUUCCUCAGAUAGCAUGGACUACAGCUGUGCAGCACAGACACCAAGCAAACACCAUCUUGGACCGUGUGACCCGCAUCCCACCUACACAGACUUAAACAUACAUCCUGUGCCUCAGGGGUGUUCACAGGAGCCUCCAGUGCUGACACAUCUGUAGAAUUGUCUACCCUUUGAAACAUAAGGGUAAUUUAGUCUGUCCCAUUAUGCCAUUAAACAACAGGGAAAAAAAGACACAUGUAAACCCACCAACAGUAUGCCUCAACCCCUUAUGUAUUUAUAAAGCUAUGCACAAUACAGGGACUAUGCAUGGAGCAAAGUAAUGACACAUAAGUAACCAAUUCCAUUAAAUGAUACCUUACCCUCUGUAUAGUAUAAACUGUUAUGCCUGGGACGAAAUACCAUGGAAUGACGCGCUAAAAUACUAGUCUUUAUGGCUGAACUGUCAUAACUCUAUAAACUUGUCUCCAAAUCCCAAUCUCUAAAAUUUAGUUUUCAGUCUAAACUUGUAUUUAUGCAAAUCCGAUUCCUAGUUUUUGUAAUUUCUAAUUCUCUUUUUAGUAGAACAAAAAAAUGGAAACCUAUAUUUAUAUAAUUAGUUUAAAUAUUUUUUUUUUUUUGCCUCAAUUUGUCGGCUUGUUUUCUACUUGUCUGUUGUCUCGUUUAAUUUAUUAUUAGCUACAAAGUCAGAUCCACCGGUUUUAUCUUUUUUUCCCAAUUUCUUUGAAAAUCGGUCUGCUUUGAAGCGGUUUAU